AUGUCCUGGGUUCUGGGCUCCCCUGCGUUCGCGCGGCUGGGCAUUGGGAUCUGGGUCGCUCUUGUCGUGAGGUGCCCCGGGGCUGCGGCGGGGCGGCCAGGUCGUCGCGUGGACGGCGUCAGGGGCCUUGUGAGACCCCAGCGUGCUCUCCGACGCGAGCCUGGGGUUCUCUGUUCCACCCUUUGGGAAGGGCGCUCAGGGUGGGGGGGACUCUUGCCGCCGGAACGAAUGAGGGCUUCCAGAGCUAGCGCGCCUUUGCACCGCAGGCCGGCUGCGCCAUCUCUGCUUCCCACGUCGCAGGGCUCCGCCAUCUUGUCCAUUUUUCUUGGGGGGCUGGGGGAGGGGCUGUCUUUGUGGAGAGCGCGUGUGACACUGAGUUUUUCUUUCUGAGGUUUUCCGCUCCCGUGCUAGCUGCACGUGUCUUCCUUAGGCAGUCGCUGUUGUUUUUUCGAUUGCACGUGGCUGGCAUUCUGUACAACCUAGAACAAAGGUUACGGGGGGGCGGCAGGUAGAGGCAGGAUCCCAGGGCUUUCUAAGGAAUGAGGGGGAGCGGAGUCUCGAAAUGAAUUACUGGGUUGUUUCUGAGAACCACGUGGGUGUUCUUUUAGGAGAAAGCAAAUGGGGCCUUUGUUUACCCUCAGGAAUCAUUCUGACACGAUCCCUACAGAUACCGGAGUUUUAGUGUUCAUUCCAUGCAUCAGUUUUGUGAAACGUUACUUCUGGGCUAAUUGGCCCUUGGGGUCGUGGACGUCCAUCCGUUUCCUGAUUGCCGAGGAGACCCAGCCCUGGGGCAGCUGGCUGAUUUUCUUUCUCCCCACCACGACCCAGCAAAAAUCCCCUCUAGCUGAGUUUCUUCGCCCUUCCAGCAGCCCCCUGGAAAAUCUUUGAUCCUCCCUGUGGCCGUGUCAGGAGUGAGGAUUUCAUCACUGGCGCGCCCUCUGUCGCUAUGUCCGAUGUAGUCCUUUCACUUGUUUCCAUUAAAAUCCUCAAGUGUGCUGGGAACUGGACAGACGUUUUAAGUUGUCACGUUUUGCCACGGUUGCUUUCUUUGUGCUUCCUGUUUUGAAGGCAUGUUUCUAAUUUCCUCGAAAAUAGCUAACACUUUAUUAUAUUUGUGGUUCCGAAGUCCUCUCCAAAUUGUCUUCCUCAGCUGAUUUGUUCCAAAAUGGUGCAGUAAAGGCUCUCUGGUCAUUGCAUAUGCUGCUUAUGUCUUAGGGGUUUUUUUCCUAGACUAGCUCCCUCCUUUUAUCUGCCAAUAGGUUCUUCCAAGGAAUGGAUGUGUGUCCUAGCAGCUUUCACUGUUUCGGGUUACUAACAGUCGCUUAAAGUGCAGUUAAUUUGGCCUCUGUUCCUGAAGGUGUAUCUUCAAGCUGAGGGACCACUUACUAUGACCCCAUAUUGGUGGUUCCUCCAGGAGUUGAACAGCGCCGCCAUCCCUGUGCUUGGGCACAGCUGUGACCAUGGCCGAGAGAGCACUGGCGCCCACCCAGAUAGGGCGGGGGGACCGUUACUACACAUACACCGAGCUCCUGGCCAUCUCUCGGCGCUUCAAGCAGAACCCCAAUGAGCUCAUGAUCACCUGGAUCCUGCGCGUCUAUGACCAGGGUGGGCCGGCCCUGUCCCUGAAUUCUGGAGAGCUAGCCCUGCUGGGCGACCUGACCAGCGAUGCCAUCUUCAACUACCGCUGUAAGACCCUGCGGGGCAGCUGCAAGGCCCUGCUCACCUGGCUGCUGCUGGCCUGGCGCCGGCGCUGGGAGUCCUUCCUGCACUUCGAGGCCACCGAGCUGCCCUUCCGCCCCUGGACCACCAUGGAGGAGGGUAUCCAGCUGGUGCGUGAGCUGGGCAUGCUGGACUGGAUCUACCGCGAGCCGCCCUCCCCUCCUGCAGGAGAGCAGGGGCCAAGGCCCGCGCCCGAGGACGUGCCCUUCACGCAGGGCCUCCAGCGGCGCCUGCUGACGGCCGCACCCUCUGAGCUGCGGCUCUCGCUCGUCAGCCUGCUGGUCAAGGGUAUGACGGUGCUGGAGGCGGUGAUGGAGAUCCAGACCAUCGCCGAUGUGGGCCUGCUCUGGCGCCAGAGCCAGCCGGGCCGCGCCAAGCUCAUGUUGGGGCCCAACCCAACGCGCAAGGACCUCAUGGGUUGGCUGCUGAGCCACGGUGUGCCCAAGGAGCGGGUGGACAAGCAGCCCACCAAGGUCCUCCUUGAGCUGUACAUCAAAGAGGCCAAGCGCAGCCGCAGCCACCCCACCUACAUGCUGGGGGAAGAGCAGCCCCCGCCUCCCCCCUACUCAGACCAGGCCUGUGGGGAGGAGCCGCCCGUGCGGCACGACUAGGCCUCCUAGGCCUCCUAGGCUUGUCCUUCUAGAUGGUACUCAGUGGCGGAGGGAGGCUGGGUUCCAGGGGAGACAGAGUCAGAGCCAGUGUCUCCUGAGCAUGCCCCCCACCCCCCGCGUGGACUGAGGGAUGGCCCGCCUCCCGAGGGCAGGCUGCCCUGUUACUGUAUUCGAGGUUCCCAGGAGAGAGGACUGUCCUUGCCCCCAGCCACCCCACACGUGUCACCAGCCAGUGGUGGAGGAAGGCGAGCCCACCUAUAGCCCUGGUUGCCUUGUUCCCCCUGGGGCGCAACCUGUUCCUUUUAGUCUGUUACAUUUCAGUCCAAUUGGCACAGUGGGUAGGCACCCACCCCUCGGCCACACGGGCCCCCAAAGCACUACAGGCCAGCUGGGGAGACCCCACAGCCCAUGAUAUGAAAGCACCUUGAAGUUUGUACGCUUUUUCUUAAGGUAUUUUUUAAAUGCAAUGUUUUUACCUGAUAAUUUAAGUAUAUGCAACACUUUGGUUUUAGGGACGCUUCUUUCUCUUGGAAUGGUUUUUCCCUUAAGACUUUUUUUUUUUAAGUUUUAUUAUUAUUGUUUUACAAUUCCUUUCCAUUUUAAAGUGGACUUCUGCUGUUUGCUCACCUGGAGCCAGUCCCAUCUGAUUUCUCUCGGUGGAUGUGUGACCUCUGUCCAGUGUCUGUUACAUCUGGAUUAAAGGUGUUGGGGCCAAGAAUCACAGCUUCGUGAGCACAGACAACCACCCUGGCAGGCUGCGCUAGGCACAUGGAACUCAUUAAAAUAACGUGAGCAUUG